UCCUUACAAUCCACUGGCUCUGGGCUGCGAUCUUCUUCCGGGGCAUCCCAUUGACGCCGCCAGCGGCUGGCUUGAGAACAAGCUAAUUCUUGUACCCUAGAACGCGGUGGGGGGAGAGAUUUAGAUCCAAUUCUUCCAGAUCGAUGGAGAGUGUGGAAAGAAAGGACGAUGGUGGAUACGCGAGCCCCACGAGCGUCUUGUAUCAUCCUCGCAUUGGUCGCCAGACGAUUUGCAAGCUCCACUCCCGGGAUUUCUCGGAUUGCCUGAGGUACCACACGGCACAGCAUCCCUUUUGGGACGAUAUCAAGUCGGUCUAUCGCCGGUCGAGUGCUCACUCCAUGGCAAUCGCCGGGCCAAGCUCGUCCUCUAAGUUCCAGCUUCCGGAAUUGCCUCCAAGGAUUAUCUUCCAGGCCAGAUCGACGAGAAGCGCUACUGUGGAGGAUCCUUUCAAGCUCUUGGGCCCCGAUAUCCUGCACUUGGUGAUGGUCCGACUUGAUGCACUCAGCUUGGCACGAUGUGGAGUAACAUCCAAAGACUGGAAAACUCUGGCACACUCGGACGCUCUUUGGGUGUCAAAGAUUGCAAGCCCUUAUUCUACUCGUGAUCGACGCGAAAUAUGUGCAAGCUUAUGGCAGGGGAAGAGACACAUCCCUGCCGCGGCACUGCUACCCGGCUUAUCCAAAGUGGCCGCUUAUGGGAUCUCCAUGAAGGACUCGAAACGGUGCUCCAUAACUCUGGAAGAUCUUUGCCAACACGGCUGGGAGUAUCGCUUCAAAGACACUGUGCCGCAGUACUGGCUGGAGCUGGAUCCCUCCCGGCGGGGCGAGGCUCCAAUGCAGCGCUUCUUCCACAGCGAUGGCUCCCAGACCGCGGGGCCGGGUGACGCAGUCUGGGGCGGGCACGAGAGCACCUUUAGCAUCAUCCAAGACGAGGGCCAAGAUCACGACUCCAUCGCCAGGAGUAAUUUUGUGAGGAUCAAUCACUGGCCAAGGAUGGUGGUAUCGCGCACCGCGGACUGGGGCUGGGAGCUUCACAACGAGAUUUGCGUCUACACGAGCCUGGCGGAUUCGUCACAAGGUGGCACUGGCCCCGAGUAUAUUCGCCUAUGAGGAAGGUAUAUGCGAUCUGGUCCCAGAGUAUAUUCGCCUAUGAGAAAAGUAUAUGCGCUUUUGCCCUAACUCCCGCCUUUAUCAUGUUAGUGCCGGUUAAUGACAUUUACUUAAGUCA